AUGUCAUAUGUCGAGACCAUGAAUUUGGACGGCGAGACGAAUUUAAAGGUCAAAAGAGCUUUGCAGAAUUUAUCACUUCCGGUGGUUAACGAUGAUGGAGCUUCACAUUUUGGGAAUUUCCAACCCACAAUCCGCUGCGAAAACCCUAACCCUAACUUGUACACAUUCAUGGGUAAUUUAGAGUACGAGGGACGAAUUUACCCUCUCGAUCCAGCCCAGCUUCUACUCCGCGAAUCAAAGCUCAAAGAACACCGAGUACAUAUUUGGUGCGGUGGUUUUCACCGGAAAUGA